UCAGCGUGCUCAACGAGAUUCUUGUCGCGCACGGCGUGCAAACAAGAGUCAUUUAUCCUUCAUGACACGCCACCUCCGUGCAUAUUGCUUAGCAUACUGAAUCAACUCAAUGUUUUUGGUACGAAGCGUACAUUUCGUUCGACGCGCUAACCGAGGCUUCAUGUGGGUCAGCCAUUUUGAUUAUUUACAUCGGCAACAGUCCAUGCGUGUACCUCGUGCCGUUAACAUCGUGUCUCAAAAGAAAAUCAUAAUAUACAAAAAAUGAACUCGGACGACGAUCAUGGGAAUCAUAAUACUCCGCCUGACAUUUGCGAAGCAAGUACAGAGGUGGCAGGAAAAUUAUUGCCAGUCAAAUCAAUAAAAACUUACAAAAAAAGUUACAAGUUUAUGGCGUGGAAAGAAGUUAAAAACUCCGAAUCUUUCUCGCAGCGCGUUCUGCUCGUAUAUUUCAACGAGUUGUCGAAAUCAUGGAAGUCGACAACUCUGUGGAGUGAGUAUUCCAAGCUUAGGACGAUGAUCCAACACAAUCAUCAAAUUGAUAUCAAUUAUCCGGAUUUGAAACGUUUUUUGGAGAACUUGAGUAAAAAUACUGACAACGACACUAAGAAAGCUAACACGUUUUCAUCGAACGAUAUCGAACGAUUCUUAAAUAAUAUUAGAUUCUCCCCUAUAAACACCUCACAUUCCGCUCUCGUAUCGAAAUGUACUAUUUCAGUCGUUGCCAACUUCAAUUGCAGACAGUACAAACAGAUCAAAUACACGACCGACCUACGUGUGAUUCACUGCCACCUGAUCAGAUCACAUUCCUAA